CUCUUCAUCUUUCAGAUCCCAUCCAACUCCAUUUCUUCCACUGUUUGUCCUCCCUUCAAAAAUGGAGCAGCCAACUCCACUACUCAGCCAGACUGUGGAGAGCGCCGUGGAUUUCAAAGGUCAGCCAGCCCUCCGAUUCUGCUCCGGUGGUUGGAGGUCCGCCUCUUUCAUGAUAGGGGUAGAGGUGGCAGAGAGAUUUGCUUACUACGGAAUCGGCUCCAACCUCAUAACUUAUCUGACCGGCCCACUCGGCCAGUCUGUGGCCACUGCCGCCGAGACCGUUAACAUCUGGUCAGGCAUCUCCAUGCUACUCACUCUCCUCGGAGCCUUUCUCGCCGAUUCCUUCUUCGGACGAUAUCGCACCAUUCUUUUUUCUUCUGCAAUUUAUGUCUUGGGACUGUCACUCCUAUCUUUCUCUGCUAUGCUUCCUACAACCUCCUCCCAGAACUCCCAAUUUCAGCUCAUCUUCUUCUUCGUCUCCCUGUAUCUUAUAGGGAUAGGGCAAGGUGGUCAUAAGCCUUGCGUACAGGCUUUUGGAGCCGAUCAAUUUGACGCCCUACACCCUCAAGAGGCCAAAUCCAAAAGCUCCUUCUUCAAUUGGUGGUUUUUUGGUGUCUGCGCUGGCACCUUUGUAGCCAUUUUACUGGUAACGUAUACAGAGGAGAACCUAAGUUGGAGUUUGGGAUUUGGAAUUCCUUGUAUUAUGAUGGUGAUUGCAUCGUUUUUGUUUCUAUUUGGGACCAACACGUAUCGUUAUAGUAUCAAAAUGUAUGCUAAGACCCCAUUUCUGAGAAUCGGCCGGGUAUUUGUGUCUGCAAUCAGGAAUUGUAGAGCUUCUUCUACGGUCACCUUUGAUGAAGAAGGAGAUGGUCCAGAUUUGUCAGAACAGAAUACUGGACAGUUCAGUUUUCUUAACAAAGCUUGCAUUGUGCCAAAGGACUCCAACAAACAUGGAGUGAUGUGCAGUGCCAGCGAGGUUGAAGAAGCAAAGGCAGUUCUUAGAAUUUUUCCAGUAUGGAUUACAGUCCUUGUAUUUGCUAUUGUGUUUGCACAGGACUCUACAUUCUUCACCAAACAAGGAGCCACAAUAGAUAGAUCAAUUUUAUCAGGCUUUAUCAUUCCUGCUGCUGCACUCGAUUCAUUUGUUCCACUUUCGAUCGUUAUCUUUAUUACCAUCUAUGAUCUUUUAUUUGUUCCUAUAGCCAGAGCUUUUACAGGAAUACAAUCUGGUAUCACAACACUGCAGCGUAUAGGAACUGGGCUGGUCGUGUCUGCCAUUUCAAUGUUGGUUGCAACCAUGGUUGAGAGGAAAAGAUUAAGAAUUGCUGAUGAACACGGUCUGGUUGAUAGGCCUGACAUAACAAUUCCAAUGAGCUUUUGGUGGCUAGUUCCUCAAUAUACCUUGUUUGGUUUGGCUGAAGUUUUUACAUUGGUUGGUCUCCAAGAGUUUUUCUACGAUCAAGUUCCAACAGAUUUGAAAAGCAUGGGCCUUGCCUUUUAUACUAGCGUCUUGGGCAUGGGAAGCAUUUUAAGCAGUCUUUUAGUUUCUAUUAUUGAUGAAGUAACUGGAGGCAGUGAGCAGAAUAGUUGGUUUUCCAACAAUCUGAACAAGGCACAUCUUGAUUACUUUUACUUGCUAUUGUCUGCGCUCAGUGUUGUUGCCUUUGUCGCUUUCCUGUUUGUUUCCAAAUCACAUGUACACAGCAGGUAAAAAAGUACGACUGCAACAAUUCUUAUCUAUUGUAGCCUUGUAUUAUAAUAUUUACACUAGGCUAUAGAUUUUAUCUCGUA